GCCUAAAUGAAGAUUUCGAAAAAUAUAAAAAUUUCUCAUAAAUUCGCAAAAAAAAAUUUUGGUUUGCAAUCUGUUCUUCAGUUCAACAAAUUAAACAAAAUUACUAUAGAAUCUAAUGAUUUCUGUAGUAAAUGGCGUCGAAUUUAAACAAUAGCGAUGCAAGUAAGAAGAACAAAUCAUCUACAAACGAAAAUAACUUCAACAAUAAGAACUUUAAUCAUCAGAAAAAUCAAAAAUCCAGAAAUAUUCAAACUAAAGCAUUUACGAAUGAUAAGUCAACAAUGGAUUCAAACAAUACCAACACAACAAAAGUUUCCAAUGAAUCUGUUGAUAAAAAUGCAAAAAAUUCUCAGGAGAAGAGCAAUUCAUCAGACGAAGAUCGAUGUUGGAAAUUUCGGCCUCCACCUAGAGGCUUUACAUCGGAAACAUACGUAUUAUGUCAAAACUUUAUCGACAGUGGCAUCUGUAAUUUCGGCUUAAACUGUGUCCAUGCCCACAGUCCAGAUGAAUUACAGGAGUGGAAGGAUCGAUUUGAUUAUCGAAAAACACAGCAUGAAAAUUCAAUCAAAUUACAAUACGGUAAGAGUUAUACGGAGGAGCUACUGGAACGGCUUCAUCAAUCGACAAAUCCUGAGAAAAUUAUGAAGGAGAAAAUUGAGGGAAUUGAAGUAACCUGUUCCAAUGAAUUAAACCUUACUGUAAGUUCAAAAACCUGUAAACGUGAAUGGAUUUUCGUACUGAAGACAUCAAAGCUAUUGAAAGCUGUGGCAUUGCUACAAGAUGAGCAUCGAACUCAUUUUGCAAUUAAACAUGUUUUUCCGAUGCAUCCUAGCAAGCAGUGUAAUCAAGCUGAAAAUAAUAAGAAUAUGACAACGGAUCAAGAAUGGACAUUUCCUUUAAAUGUUGAUGUAACAAAAGAUUUAGAUACUGAUAAUGAGACAGUAGUUUCACAUAGAGUUAAGAUAGGUUUUUCUACGGACAUUUAUGGUACCUUUCGUCAAGCCGUAUGCUUUGAAUUCUUUGGAACAGACACUAUACUUGUAAGACAUUUUUGUAUUGAUGUUGUUCCACUUGAGGAAUAUGAUAAAAUUCAAGAAAUUAAGAAUGACAUUUUAACUGUGACGAGAACGAGAUGGAAUUCUUCUAAUAGUAAUCUAGUUCCUUAUAAAUCGCCUGCACAACCAUUCAACAUUUAUCACUCAGCGCAAGCUUAUGACAGUGAAAAGGAAUUGGAGCUUUUAGACAAAUAUCCAUGUCCUCAAGCUGAUACAUUUGUACUGUCUCAGAGUACAAUUAAUGGUCGAUUAUCGGAGCAUAAUUAUCAGCAAUGGAUGCACACGCUUCUCUACAUUGAAGAAAUGGCUCGAUUCGAUUUAAUUGCGAAAUUUAAUCUUACGACAAAUUUGAAAAUUACAAACAACUUUAUUCUGGCACCAAACGGAAUGGCGACAUCGACAGCGAAAUAUUCCCAUUCUGGAGAACUCUUUGGAGUUUUGGAACUUUCACAAAAUAUUUCGGAAGACACACCACCUGGAUAUUUAAUAUUAAACAAUUGCAACUCACUGUUCUUUACGAAGACGGUUAGUUCUCAAUCGUCAAAUAAGUCAGAUGCAAAGCCAGAAGUAUACGAAGCAUUGAUUGAGGAUAAGAGUAAAAAUGUCAUUUAUUUAAAAUUAUCGGCAGACACUGUAAAAACAAUAGGAUUAAAGAAUGAUGAUGUUAUAAAAGCGGACAUCCAAUUCCAACCGAAUCGAUUGACGUAUUGUGAAUGGCAUUUAGCCAUUGAUAAAAUAACGAAUUAUAAAAUUCUAUUUCCUGACACAAACAUUGAUCCAGAUAUACAUUGGAAUCCAAAACGACAAUGGGAUGCAACGUUGGAUCAGAAAUUAAACUCGAAACAAAAAGAAGCAGUUGUAACAAUAACAUCACCGAUCAAUAAGCCACUUCCACCUAUCUUGCUAAUUGGACCUUAUGGAACUGGAAAGACAUACACUUUAGCACAGAUUAUUAAACAGUUAUUAUCACAAAGUGAGGCGAGAAUUCUUAUUUGUACGCAUAGUAACUCAGCUGCUGAUUUAUACAUUCGAGAAUACUUGCAUCCAUGGGUUGAGAGCGGCUUAGAGGAUGCAAAACCACUGAGAAUUUACUAUCAUAAGCGUUGGGUAGCAACUGUUAAUCCCGUCGUACAGAAAUACUGUCUAAUUGAAAUGAAGGGAAAUGCGAGAGUUUUCAAAAAGCCCACAGUCGAGGAUGUAUACUCACAUAAAAUUGUAGUCGUGACUUUAUCGACGUCAAUGGAGUUGGCAUCAUUAAAUUUGAAGAAGGGAUAUUUUACACACAUUUUACUGGACGAAGCAGCUCAGGCGCUUGAAUGUGAGGCAAUAACACCAAUUGCAUUGGCUGACACAAACACAAGAAUUGUAUUGGCUGGAGAUCAUAUGCAAAUGUCACCCGAAAUAUUCUCAAAUUUCGCUCGCGAACGUAAACUUCAUAUUUCAUUACUCGAACGUCUCUAUGAACACUAUCCGACAACUUUUCCAACAAAAAUUCUACUUUGUGAAAAUUAUCGUGCUCAUGAGGCAAUUAUAAAGUUUACAUCUGAAUUAUUUUAUGAUCAGAAAUUAAUAGCUUCGGGUAAACAACCUCGUCACGAGAAAUUUUAUCCAUUAACUUUCUUUACAAGUCGAGGUGAGGAUGUUCAAGAUAAAAAUUCUACGGCAUUUUAUAACAAUUCGGAAGUUUAUGAAAUUGUGGAUCGUGUUUGUGAAUUAAAGCGGAAAUGGCCAGCAGCUUGGGGAAAAUUUAAUGAUCAAAGUAUCGGAAUCAUGACACCAUAUGCAGAUCAAGUUUUUAGAAUUCGAUCGGAAUUAAGAAAGAAACGACUCGCAGGCAUUUCAGUUGAGAGAGUAUUAAACGUUCAAGGUAAACAAUUUCGUGCUGUUUUUCUAUCGACAGUAAGAACUCGCAAGACAUGCUCUAAUAAAUCAGAGGAUAUCGAUUAUGGAUUUUUAUCAAAUUCAAAAUUGUUAAAUACAGCAAUUACGAGAGCUCAAUCACUCGUGUCAGUUGUUGGUGAUCCUGUGGCUUUAUGUAGUGUAGGUAGAUGCCGAAAGGUAUGGGAGAGAUUUAUUGAAACUUGUCAUCAGAAUAAGAGUCUAUUUGGAAUAACAUGGCAAAUGUUGAAAUCUCAACUUGAUGGAUUAGAGAUGAGAAAGACGUAUGUACUCAAUCCACUUGCACCUGAGUUCAUACCGAGAGCAUUACAGUCUGAAAGCUACCUGAGAGAUCAGAUGAUGUUGAUGAAUCCGAGGAAAUUUGGAAAUAUGAUGCCGUUGCAUCCACCACAAAUUCAAUCGCAUCCAAUGAAUUUCCAUCAUCCACAACAAUCGCAAAUGCCUCCACAUCCAUCUUUUCAUCCUUCUCAUAUUCCGUCGCAGCAACAUAAUAUGAUGAUGAAUCAUUUCCCACCACCACAGACUUCAACUCAAGCUGCUGCUGUUGUAGGUGCUUCUACUACGGCUCCACAAUUUAACAACAAUAAUAUGAUGAAUCAAACGAUUAGACCAUUCGGAAGUCCAUCAUUUCCAAUGCAUCCACCGCCUCCAAGCAAUUCACAAUUCUCACCAUACAACAGUACAGUUCCAUUUCCAACAUAUAAUCAAAAUUUUAAUCAACCGAAUACUAUGGGUCCACCAUCAAUGAUGCCUAAUUUCCAUAUGAAUACAAAUAAUAUGUGGAAUUCAUCAGCAAGUCCAAUGUUCCAACAGCCGCAACAAACAGUCGGAGGAAUCGUUGAGAAAGCAGCACAAGGACCAUGGCAGAUGAAACCUCCAAUGUUAUCGCAACAAUCACCACAUCAAGUAAGACCCCCUCUUGGACCACCACAUCCAUCUCAAAUUCGGCCUACGCCUCAAAUUCCACAACAUCCUAAUCAAAUAUUUCCACCUCAUUAUCAACAGCCUCCACAGCAGCAACAACAGCAACAACAAACACCACAAAUCCAUAAUAUGAAUAUGAAUUCAUAUCCAACUGCCGCAUCUGCUACAAAUCUUCCAAAAUAUUCUCAAAAUCCAAUAAAUGAUAUAAACAGUUUUAAUGGAAAUCAUGGAAAUGUGGACUUUAAUAUGUUGACAAACAGCACAUCGAAAAUGACAUUGAAUGAUAUGAUCCUACAUCCUGAUUUGUUGGAGAAUCUAAAGAAAACGGACAAGGAAGUUCAAUUCCUUCAGAAUGUUCAUUUUCCGGAAAAGAAUGCAUCUGGAAUUCAACAGCAGACGCCACAACAAGCAUUCAAUAAAGGAUUAUCAGGUUCAUAUGCAAGCUAUUCGCAUUUAUUGCCGCCUAAUAUGUCAGUCUUUGAUAUGUAUAGCAAAUCGAGAGAAUUUCAAUACAAUUGGUUCACAAAAUUAUCGGAAUUGUAUGGACUUGAAGAAGCUGGACGAUUUGUUGAAUUGCUGCGUCAAGUGCCACAAAUGGCAAAUGCAAAUAACACCAAUAAUAAUAAUAUGAUGAGUAAUAUGAAAACGGUAAAUGCUAUUGAAGCAAUGCAAUUAAAUGGUGUUGAUGAUCCCUCGAAAAAUUAUUUGCAUUUAAUGGAUCUACAGGCAUCAAAGGCAAACGAAUCGAAAUAUGACAACUUUUUAAAGAUUCCAAAUUCAUCAGGUGGUUUUGGAAAUGAUGGAACCAACAACAAAAUGUUUCAAUCGGAAGAAAUUGACACAAUUUUCAUGAAUUCUGUCCAAAAUCAGAAUCAGAAGGCAUCAUACGAGACAUUGCUGGUAACGAAGGAAGUUGAUGUAAAGCAAAAUCCAAAUGUAGGACUUUUGGGCUCACUAUUUCAGCAGCCAUCAACAUCAUCAGCAUCGGCUCCUAGUAAUUUUGUUGAUCGUAAUAUCCUAAAUGGCAUUGAUAUAUUUAAUAUUCCGGCAAAAUCAAUUGACCUGGACGAUACUAAUGUUCAGAGUCCACAGCGAUCUGUUCCGCUUUAUAUGCGUGCGUCGAAAAAUUCAAAAUGAUAAAACAAAACAUUUAAAUGAUUUUAAAAAUUGAUUAAUAAGGUUGGGAAUCUUGUUUUGAAUUCAUGAUGAAGAUUUUGAUAAAGUGGUAAUGAAGAGUUUUGUGUUGAGUGCUACUUUUUGGGUACAGAAUCUUGGCAGAUGGAAAAGGUUUGGUAGAUUAGGGCAAGAACAAAGGUGCGGAAUUGAUGAAUUAGAUUUUGAUCAAAUUUUAACAUUUUUGAUCAUUUUGAUCAUUUUCGGAUUCUUGGAAAAGAAUUGGAAUGCGACUUGAUUAAGUUUUAUUUGAUAUGGAUGAUUUUAAAGGUUCUGAGAACUUUAAUAGAAGAAAUAGUGACCAACGGAGUUCUAGAACUGGAAAACAUUGCAUCACAUCCUGUAGAUUCUCUUAGACAAUCUCGAAAUGUUAAAAAUCCAGAACUUAAAAUUCAAUAUCCAAAGGCAAAACACUUCAACCAUAUUUUCAAAGAAAGUCUUCUUUAGAUUCAAAAAAGCUCCCAACCCAGCUUAAAAUUCUUUCUUUAAUUCACUCCCGGACAAAAAUUUUUAAAAUUUUUGAACGGGAUUUUUUUUUUAAAAUAAAUUUUUUAUUAUUAUGAUUAUUAUUAUAAUGGAUAUAAAUCAAAUUUCACUUGCAUAAAAAAUAAUUAAUAAUUAAUUACCUAAUUUAAUCAUUAGUCUAAAUUUAGUAGCAACAAAAAUGAAUGAAAAAAAUGACAAAAAAAAAAUUAAAAAAAUUCUCUGAAAAAAAUACAAAAAGAAAAACAUGAAAAGAAUUAAAGUUAAAAAAAAAUAAUUAUAAUAUGAUGUAGGAAAAGAAUGGAAUGGCAUAUACUCAACAGAAAAGAUGAUAAGAUAAGUUGGAUGAAAUGAAUGAAAAGUUAAAUUUCACAUUUCGACUGGAAUGAAAGUAAAUUUUUCGAGUGAUGCCAAUUAUAACUGUUUAAUAUUUUAUUAAUGAUAUAAAGAAUAAUUAAUUAUGUGAUUGAGGAUAUAAAAUUUAGUAUCGUGAAAUUCUUUUCUUUUGUAACCAUCUUUUGAUUGUGAUGAACGGUUGAUGAGGCAUGUGUGACUAAAGCAUCAUUACAUAAGCCUUAAAAGGGUUUAUCUUCCUUUAAUAUCCAUAAAAACCUUAAACCUGACGAAUCUUGCUGCUAUUUCGAUGUGCAUAGCCAAUUGACUCCAAACAGAAACCUGUUUUCAAUAUCACAAAGAAGUUAAGCAAGCUGCAAACAUUUUCAAUAGAAAUUUAGUAAAACAAAUUGCUGAUGUGACCUGAGGUUAAUUUCAUUUGACUUCUGACAAGUACAAAUUGAGUAAGCACAACAUCGCUACUAGAAAUCAAUAAUGGAAAUUGUAAGGAGGCAUUUGAGUAUGAACUUUGACUUUAUUCUUUAUACCAUAGAUAAAUCUAUACAAAAAUUGAGUUCUUAAAAUAAUUGAAAGCUUUUAAUAGGAAUGAAGGGUUUCUGGUUGUGGAUGAAUUUAGGAAUCGAACACAUAUUCUCAUGAAUCAAAAGGUUUCUAAUGUUUAAACUUAACAGCACAGUAUGGUCUCGAAAUGGCAGAUUUGUUUGGAUAUAGGUUGGAUCCUUAGAAACCAUUGGCAAUUCUUUUACAUCUGAAAUAAUAUAAUUGACAAGUUACAAGAACUAUGUAACACAUGGUCAAAAGCGUCUUUUAAAUAUUUAAAGGAUGACAUGAUUUUUGAUGGCUUAGUUCCGAUUUUGUCUGUAUUUUUAGGUCCUACGCUAUGACCCGUUAAAUGCUACACCAUUAUUGCGACUAUUUAUUCAAUUUUGCAACUCUUAGGUGGUAAAACAAUAAAAUUCAGUCUCUUAUGCUGAUCGAUCUAAUAAUAAGUUAAAUAAUUCGUAGAUUAAAAAAAUCAGAUAUGCUCCAAAAUUCAAGUUUCCUAUCAAAAAAUGCAGCAUAAAUAGAAAAAUCCAAUCACAAAAAAUAUUCGGAAUUUAGCUGUGUUUAUUUUGAAAACUAGCUGACUCUAACAAUAAAAAUACCCAAAUUCAUUUCACCAAAUCAAAUGUCCAUGCACGCCUGAACGUGCAUAUUUGUGUGAAAUAAUGCAUUCAAAUCAACAUUAGAGAUCUCUUGCGAAUGCCAAAUUCAAAGAGAAAGCCACAAAUAGUUUGAAUAAGGAAGAAGAGAUUGCAAUCAACCCCUGUCAAUGACCAAAUAUAUUUGAUAUUUCGUGACUUGAUUCCAAAGGACACUAUCGAAAUAUUUUGAAUUUUAUAAACAUUUCUGACUCGACACUCUGUAGAGUUCAAUCUUAUAAACUCUUAUUGUUCAAUCAUUCACAUGACAUAAGCUCGCGAAAAAUUCAAAGUUGAAUAUAUUUUUUUUGAAAUAAUAUCACAGCAGGAUGAUAUUAAUUUCUGUAGUUUUCAUGCUCAUUAUUGCUUAAUUUAAAAACAAUUUCUUGACGUAUUAAAAUUGAGUAGAUUAAAAACUCAAACUGACAUACAUCAUAAUCAGCUGAUGGUUAAUUUUAAGCAUUCUAAAAGAGUCUUGGAGAGAUUUGUUUAUUUUAAAAUUAAAGAAAAAGAUAAAAAAAAGUUUAAAAUGAUGAAAAAAAUUAAUGCCCCACUCUGAUGAAAAAUUUAUAUAUAGUGUGAUGUAAUGCAUUAUUUUAAAUGUUAUAUUAAUAUUUCAAGUAAACCCAUAUAAUUAAUGCAUUCAUCGCACCCCGAAGAUGUAAAGAAGAAAAAAAAUUAACACAUAGAUUCACACACACACACAAAAAAGCCGUUUUCUUAAUAGUUAUUUUUUAUAUACAAAAAACUGAUGAUGAUGAUGAUAAAAACAAAAACAUUACUAGAAAGCAUAAAAAAUAAAAAUCUAAAAUCUGUGUAACACG